AUGACCGUGGGUGAUGUAGACAGUAUCCCGUCCAAAGAUGUCGACGAUGCCAAUGCCAAACACACGGGAGAUGCCACAGUGCUGGCGCAGGCAGAAGCUCCGGGCACCUCACAACACCAUUCCUUGAAACACCACCUCCUCGGGCCUUCGUUGACAAAAGCAGGACAGGAUACAGUCGAUCAAAAGAAGGUAUCGGAGAUCAUCUACGAAGCCUCGAAAGGCUCCAAAUACUUCAACAAUGAAGAGGUCAAGGACAAGAAUCUGAGCGUCAAGAUUGAACGCAUCCGGAAACAGAAGGCGCAAUUGGAGAAACUUGAUCUCAAGGCAGACCUACGGCGAGCAGAUGACUACAUUGCGUCGCUGGAGCUGUCAAGAGAUCUCUCUCAGUAUGUCGUCCACAUCGACUGCGACGCAUUCUACGCUACGGUCGAAGAAAUCGAUCGACCAGAGUUGAAGAAUGUACCCAUGGCCGUUGGGAUGGGUGUUCUCACCACCUGUAACUAUGAGGCCCGAAAAUAUGGGUGUCGGAGCGCCAUGGCAGGUUUUGUGGCCAAGAAACUCUGUCCACAGCUGAUCUGUCUGCCUUUGAAUUUCGACAAGUACAGGGCCAAAGCAAAGGAAGUAAGAGCAAUCUUGUCCGAGUACGACCCGCGGUUCGAGAGCUCCAGUAUCGACGAGGCAUAUAUGAAUAUCACGGAAUACUGUCACACCCACGAUGUUGACCCGGACGCCGCCAUGGAGCAGCUCCGGAAAGAGGUCCAUGAGAAAUGCAACAUCACCAUCUCUGCCGGGAUUGCCCCGAAUGCCAAAUUAGCUAAGAUAUGUUCCAACAAGAAUAAACCCAAUGGUCAAUUCCGAAUUCCGAAUGAUCGAGCUGCUAUCAUGUCAUUUAUCUCAGCGCUUCCCGUCCGAAAGGUCAAUGGCGUUGGCCGUGUCUUUGAGCGAGAACUGGACGCCAUCGGAAUCAAAACGUGUGGUGAUAUAUAUGCGCAACGCGCUUACCUCCACCAACUCUUCGGCGAGAAGGCCUUUCAAUUUUUGAUGCAAACCUGUCUUGGCCUUGGGCGAACCAUCGUGCAGCCAGCGGAGGAGUACGAGCGGAAAAGCGUGGGUACAGAAAGUACAUUCCGCGACAUCAGCACUAAACAAGAGCUGCGUGAGAAGCUUCGCUAUACUGCCGAGGAACUGGAGAAAGAUAUGGCUCGCGUGGAAGUCAAAGGGCGAACCCUCGUGCUCAAAGUCAAACUCCACACGUACGAAGUAUUCACUCGACAGGUCGUGCCUCCCAAAGCAGUCCAUCUGGCCGAAGACCUCUACAAUUACAGCCUUCCAAUGUUGGCUAAACUUGAAAGAGAGAUGCCAGACUUCAAAAUCCGUCUAAUGGGACUUCGUUGCACUCAUCUCGUGAGUACGAAGAAGGACAGGCCUGAUUUCUUCCGUCGACGGGCAAAUAACACAUCCACCAGUGAGAAGCAUGCCGACGAGGGAGAGUGGGAAGUAUGGCCUGACUCCGAGUUUGAGGAAGCAGCCCGGCGAGAAAGACAAGAAGAGUUCGAAGAACUUGAACGUCUUAGCCAGGAACAACAAGCCCAGGAGCAAGGCCACCUCGGAUUGGGUGCUGGCGACGAGACAUCAACAGCAGACUGGCACGAGCCCUUCGGCCGCUACAAAUUCGGCAGCGAGCCUAAUUCACCAGCCAAACACGGGCGUCUCAGGAAUGAGGCCGCUGCGACGCAAGAUAAAGGAGAACCCGAACGACUGUGGGACUGUCCGAUCUGUCAACUGCCUCAACCGGCCAACGACAAAGAAUUCAACAGCCACAUCGACUCAUGCCUUUCGAGGCAGACAAUCAAGGAGGCCGUGGCUGAAGCCGAGGUCUCGACCGAGUCGACUCGUGUUGCAUCGCCCGAGACCUUCGGAGUAGAACAGAUAUCAAACCUACCUAGUUCGGCGGUCGGGAAUGCACGGGUCAUGAUUAGUAAACGCAAGGCAUCUUCGAGUGUUCCUUCUACAUCUAGCGCCGGUACGUUGGCGGGACGGAAACAGAGGAAGCUUUUCUUCACUUAA